AUGGCAGGCCGAUUGCCAUCUUCGGGUGGUUCCAGCGUCUGGCAGGUCGGGGAUCGUGUGAGACUUGACUCGGUGCUUUCCCAAUGGGUGCAGCUGGGCUACCGGCACGAGCCUGUUGUGGACUCACCCGGGUCAUUCAGCCACCGCGGCGGCAUUCUGGACAUCUACCCUCCCGACUGCGAGUUGCCGCUUCGCAUUGAACUGUUCGACGAUGAGAUUGACACCAUUCGCCGGUUCGAUCCACUAACGCAGCGAUCAGUUGGCUCUGCAGAGAAGGUGCGCCCGAUUCCGGCGCGCGAGCAACUGCCUGGCGUGGAUACCCAGGUCGAAAUGAAAACCAGGGUCACCGCCAUGGACUUUUCCAGGUGCGGGGAUGCGGUCAGAGAGCGAAUGGAGGAGGAGCUGCAGGCGCUAACAGAUUCCAGCGCUCCCGAGACCAAUCCGGAAAUCCUCUCGUUCUACAGUGGUCUGAUCAACCGCACGCCGCUCCUCGACUACCUGGGGCCAGGCGCGACGGUGUUGCUGGAAAGAGCCGGGCGCGUGGAGGCCGAGGCCUCGGAACUUGAGGAGCGCUUCGGGAGGAUGCGUACCGCGCGCGAGGAACGGGGCGAAUUGCCGGGUAACUUCCCCUCACCCUGCAUGGGGUGGGAGGAAUUCGCCGCCCGCCUUGGCGACCACAGCGUGGUGGAGUUGCAGACCUGGGUUGGAGAGGAGGACGAUCGAAUCUUUCGACCUGCAACCCCAUAUUAUGGCCAGCUGGAGCAGCUGUGUGCCGACAUCCAGGGUCGCCAGGGAGAGUCAGCGGCGACAGUUGCGGUGACGCAGCAUGCCCGCCGGGUUGCCGAACUCCUGGAACAGCAGGGAAUCAGCACCAAGCUGGCCGACGAGUUGGAGGAUUCCCCAUCUCCGGGUCAGGUAUGCCUCAUACCCGGCUCGCUGAGAGAUGGAUGGACCAUCGAAUUGCCGGCGAUUCAGCCUGCCUCUGUCAAGCCCGGCGGACGGAGGAGCCGGGGGGCAUCUCAGACACCUUUGGCCCGGCUGGACCUGCUGACCGAUGUCGAGCUGUUUGGCACAGUCAAGGAGCGGCGUCAGCGACGGCCCCGCCGUGCCGAGCGCGGGCCGGACAUCACCCUUGCCGAUCUUGAGCCCGGCGUGUUUGUGGUCCACAUCGACCACGGGGUGGCGCGUUUUGCCGGCACUACACAUAUGGGCGAUGGCGCCGACGAACGGGAAUACCUGGUGCUGGAGUAUGCAGACAGCGACAAGCUGUACGUCCCCACCGACCACCUGAACCGCGUCAGUGCCUACGUGGGCGCGCAGGAACACGCGCCGUCGCUCACGCGGCUGGGAGCGGCCGACUGGACCCGCAUCAAACAGCGAGUCAAGGGCGCCGCCCGGGAAAUGGCGCAGGAACUGCUGAGAAUCAACGCGGCGCGCGAGGUUGCGGAGGGCCACGAGUUCAGCCCGGACAGCAACUGGCAGCGGGAACUGGAAGACUCGUUCCCGUACAUUGAAACCCCGGACCAAGCCCAAGCCAUUGUCGACGUGAAAACUGACAUGGAACGGUCUCGCCCGAUGGACCGCCUCAUCUGUGGUGACGUGGGAUACGGCAAGACCGAGGUCGCACUGAGAGCCGCCUUCAAGACGGUGAGCGACGGGAUGCAGGUAGGUAUUCUGGUCCCUACCACGGUGCUGGCCCAGCAACACUACGCGACUUUUUCAGAACGACUGAGUCCUUUUCCGGUGCGGGUCGAGGUGCUCAGCCGAUUCCGCACCCCCAAGGAACAACAACAAGUCAUCGAUGGUCUGAAGGCCGGCGAGGUGGACAUAGUCAUAGGCACCCACCGCCUGCUGCAAAAGGAUGUACAGUUCAAGAACCUCGGACUGGCCGUGGUAGACGAAGAGCAGCGAUUCGGCGUAAGCCACAAGGAGCGCUUAAAGCAACUUCGCCGACAGGUCGAUAUGCUGACCCUGAGCGCCACCCCGAUUCCGCGCACGCUGAACAUGGCUCUAUCUGGCCUUCGGGACCUUUCCUCGAUGUCCUCGGCGCCGGAAGCGCGCGUUCCGGUCAAGACCUUCGUCUCCGAGUAUUCGGAGGACGUUGUCAAGGAGGCCAUUCUGCGGGAGAUGGAGCGGGGAGGGGACGUGCUGGUCUGCACCACCAUCAUCGAGUCCGGCCUGGACAUGCCCAACGUCAACACGCUGAUCGUGGAGCGGGCCGACCGCUUCGGCCUGGCGCAGCUUUACCAGCUCCGCGGUCGCGUUGGCCGAGGCCAGCACCGGGCCUAUGCCUACUUACUGGCGCCCCGGGGACGGCGCAUAACCGAAGCCGCCGAGAUGCGCCUGCAGGCAAUUCUCGAAGCCUCGGAACUCGGCGCAGGUUUCCGCAUUGCCAUGCGGGACCUCGAGAUUCGGGGCGCGGGCAACAUCCUUGGCGCCGACCAGAGCGGCCAUAUCCAAGAGGUCGGCCUCGACCUCUACACGCAGCUAUUGCACGAAGCGGUCCGCGAGUUGGAAAGGGAACAAGGAUCUUCAGACGCGCCUCGGACGGAGUCAGCUUUGGAGGAGUCGACGAGAAUCGAACUUCCUCUGAACGCAGGCAUCCCGGAGGACUACAUCAAGCACCUGCCGACUCGAUUGUCGGUGUAUCAGCGGCUGGCCAGACUGACCGAGCGCCGCGAACUACCCGAGAUACGGGAGGAACUGCGCGACCGUUUCGGGCCCAUCCCAGAAGAGGUGGAAAGCCUCCUCAAAGUCUCCGAGAUUCGUGCAAUAGCAGGGGCAGCAGGGGCUGAGUCGGUAAUCCGUUCCAGCGAGUCCAUCGUAAUAACAUUGAGGAAUGCGGUCGGCGGUGCGAAAGCUCCUCUGCAGCGCGCGCUGGGCCCGGCAGCCCAGGUGGGCAACGCCCAGAUCCAGAUGCCGCUCCGUCCCCUGGGAGACCAGUGGCUGUCCCGUCUUACUCGUACACUGGAACGGUUGCAGAUCUUCAUGGACAACAUGCGUCAGCUAGCCACAGACGCCGUCAGGGUUUAA